AGCAUAAGUUAAGGCAGAGCAUUCAUAAUAAGUCUCCGUGUCAUGAUUUGGGACUUAGUUCUCUUGUUUUGACUCCUCUACAGUGUUCAGUCAUGGAUUAUAGAGAUCACCGUCUUCUAAAUUUGUUCUUGGCUCAGAGGACAAACACCAUUCCUUAUUCACCUUGGUGGUUUUCCUAAUCUAAUAAGAUUGCCAGGAUGUGUGGAGAGUUAGUGAGGAUUUGAAUAAAAGUAACUCCACACAUACCUUAAGUGAAAAUUGACGUGAACACUAGGGACAUUUGGAGCAAUAUAGUAUUUUCCUAAUUUUGUACCAAGAGAUUAGCAGUGUAAUCACAUUGCUCAAGCAGGAGUUUCUGGAGGGGUCUGCUUUUAUGUAUUAGAAGUCAUGCCUCUGUCCCAGUAACAGCUGCCAUGCAUUGAGCACUUACCCAUGCUCACACUAUAGUGUUCUAAAUAUGUAUCAUUUUUAUAAUGUGACAGUCUAUGAGAUUGCAGCAGGAACCGAUGAUAACUAGUUUGUGAUGGAGGUUAAAGUUAAUUCUCGUGUUUGCUCAAAGGUUUUUUUCUUGUCCAACAUUUCUGAAAGUGCAGAUCAGGUAUCAGAACUUUCAAAUCUAAUCACUUGGUAACUAUAACUUUAUUAACUGUCAUCAGAGAAGCGUAUGUGACCUCUACUCGGUGUUUGCUGCUUUUCUGUGCCUUAGAAGUUUUUUUAUUUCCUUCACAGCUUACCUGGCUUAUACAUCCGACUGUUAGCUAUCUUGUAACAUCUUGUAUUCUGACUAUAGACACACACACACACACACACACACACACACACACACACACACACACAUACCCCAAGCAAGAGCCCCCAAAACCACAAAACCUGUUUCGUGAGAAUCUGGAUAUUUUUAUUUUUUGUCUAGCGUACUGAAUUGGAGGCCAGCCUGGGAUUAUGUAUGACCCUGUCUCAAAAAGGAAAAACAUCUUCCCUUUCCAGAUGACCAAAUGAUACUACUGAUAGUUAUCUGUCACUGAGUCCAGGCUGCUUCAGGUGUACUGAUAUCAACAGACUAUGAACUUUCAGAACCUCUGGAGAGAAUACAAAGUUCUGAUUGUUAUGGUACCUUUAAUUGGGUUCAUACAUCUGGGGUGGCACGGAAUCAAAAGCAGCCCUGUCUUCCAAAUUCCUAAGGACGAUACCACUGAACCAGAUAGUCUGGCACUUGCAAGUCAGCCAAAGAGCCAAACCUAGGAGAAGUAGCAGGCUUGUACUUUUCAGUCCAAGAAAUUCUAAAGUAUGAAACUCACUGGCCCCAAGGGUUCCAUGAAAAGAAUUACGACUCUGUAAUUGUGUCACUCAAGCCGAAGCUGGGUCUGAAACUUAGAGGACUCCUCCUGUCUCAGCCUCCCAACUAAAGAAGCAACUUUGAAUCUGAACUUGAUAAUAAAAGAAGAAAUGAGAAACCCCAGUUGGAUUAGAAAGAACUGGCUUCUUGUGGCCGGAGUGACUUUCGUAGGUGUCCAUCUUGGAACAUACUUUAUACAGAGAGCUGCAAAAGAGUCUGUGAGGUCUCAGUCCAGAGACAAACAAAAGAAUAUUGAAGAAUGAAGCAAAAUAAACACUUGGAAUUAUUAAUGUCAUUAAAUUAAUAUGUGCUGGUUAUUGUCUGAAAACCACUUGAUUUUAUAGCUGAUAAUACUAAAUAUGCAGGAUUUCACCCAUGAAGAACAGUUUUUAAUGUUAAGACAUGUGACGGUGCAAUAAAUGAAAAACAUGUAAACAAAAUAAAGCUGCCUGUACAAGUUCCACCUGAAGCAGGAUGUCUCGUUUUGAAGCUAAGAAGCCAUCAUUAUGUAAAACUGAACCAUUGACAAGUGAGAGAGUCAGGUCCACACUUUCUGUCUUGAAGGGAAUCCUAGCCUCAUGCUAUGGCCCUUCAGGGAGGCUGAAGCAGCUGCACAAUGGCUUGGGAGGUUGUGUGUGUACAACCUCACAGUCCUCAGCCCUGCUCCGAAACCUUUCAGUCACCCAUCCAGUAUUAAAGGUCCUAACAGCAGCUGUGCAGAAUCACGUGACCUGCUUCAGUGACUGUGGCUUAUUUACAGCCAUUCUGUGCUGUAACCUGAUUGAAAAUGUUCAGAGAAUAGGCUUGACACCCACGACAGCUAUUAAGUUAAACAAAUACCUCCUGAGUUUCUGCACUGGUUAUCUCAAGUCUGAAGCCUGUAGCUGUCGAAUCCCAGUUGACUUCAGUAGUACACAUAUCUUCCUGGGCUUGGUACACAGUAUCUUAACCAGCAAACCUGCCUGUAUGCUCACCAGAAAGGAAACUGAUCACAUCAGUGCUUUGAUCUUGAAAGCUUUUUUGCUUACAAUUCCAGAAAGUGCAGAAGACCGAAUCAUUUUAGGGAAAAGUAUAGUUGUUCCCGUAAAGGGCCAAGGAGUUACAGAUUCUACUGUAUUACCUGGACUGCUUAUUGAAAUGUCAGAAGUUCAAUUAAGGAGAUUAUUACCCACCCAGAAGUCAAGUGCCCUCAAGGUGGCACUCUUCUGUGUGUCUUUAUCCGGAGAUAUUUCUAAUGCUGGAGAAGGAACUCUGGUGGUCCCUUACCAAGUGUCCCUUGAGAAUGCAGUUUUAGAGCAGUUGCUUAAUCUGGGAAGGCAGCUAGUCAGUGACCAUGUAGAUCUUGUCCUGUGCCAAAAAGUUAUACACCCAUCUUUGAAACAGUUCCUCAGCAAGCAUCACAUUAUUGCCAUCGACAGAGUUGGAGUGGCUGUGAUGGAACCCCUGAGCAAAGUGACAGGAGCGACGCCUAUUGGUUCCCUAAACACAAUAGCUUCUUCUACUUACGGAAGUAUAAAAGACGUGUGCUCGGCAAGACUUGGCUCCAAACAUUUUUUCCAUCUUAUUCCUAAUGAGGCAACUGUCUGCAGCUUGCUCCUCUGUGGCCGAAAUGACACUGCCUGGGAGGAGCUGAAGCUCACAUGUCAAACAGCAAUGCAUGCCUUGCAGCUAACAAUCAAGGAACCAUGGGUUUUAUUGGGAGGUGGCUGUACAGAAACACAUUUGGCUGCUUAUAUCAGACACAAGGUUCAUAAUGAGGCAGAAGAUAUUGUCAAAGAGGUUGGAUAUUCUCGAGCAGAACUCCAGAUUGCUGCUGAAGCAUUUUGCAGGGCUUUGGAGUCCGUUGCUGGCUCUUUGGAACACGAUGGUGGUGAAAUCCUCAUUGACAUGAAGUAUGGCCACUUUUGGUCAGGUCAAUCGGAUUUUGCUUCUGUUGUUCACUGGCCAGAUAUGCUGUCACGAUGUGGCUGUGGCUUAUACAACAGCCAGGAAGGACUCAGCUGGUCUUUCUUGAAAAGCACUCAUCAUCCUUUUGCACCACAAACCUGCCUUUCCCAGACAGCUGUGGGCUCAGCCAGCAACCUGACUGUGGACUGUUUCACUGCCAAGCUUAGUGGCCUACAGGUGGCUGUAGAGACAGCCAAUUUGAUUUUAGAUCUUUCAUAUGUCAUUGAAGAUAAAAACUAACAUAAUAGAAUGGCAUGUUCAUGUUAUGAAACAAGCUAGUUCAGAUGUCUAAGAAAAAAUGGUUAUAUUGUUCUCUCCCGAAGGCCUGUUCUGCAUAGGUGGACAGAUGAUUUAUAAAAGUAUAGACCUACCUACUUAAGGAAGGGUGUGGAUGUUAAAUAGAAAUUUAUAGACUAAUAACUCUUGAUGCCCUUGUAAUCAUCACCAUCACCCCACAUUUGAUGUAUGUCCCCUAAGAAUAUUGGAAUUGUCCUUCUACUUUCUUUCCAAGCUGCUCCAAUAAGGGAUGGCCCUGAACUUUUCCCAUUGGCGAGAUAGGAGUCUUCAUUUUUUGUCAUAGCCACUGUUCUUGCGUAUUUAACUUUCCAUAAAACUUACUACUUUCUUUUUUUUUUUUUUUUUUUUUUUUUUUU